UGAAAGAAGAUGGUUUUGUUGCAGGGGAGACAGGAAGAAUGUAUGAAGCUAAUGUUGAUGAUGUGGGCUAUAGGCUGGUUGUGAUAUAUACACCAGUCAGAGAAGAUGGAGUUGAGGGGCGUCCUGUUUCUGCUUCUACAGAUCCGAUUGCAAUUGAGCCUGAUGUUCUUAAAGAAGUAAAGCAGAAGCUUGAGACUGGAUCUGUGAAGUUUGAGGCCUUGUGUGACAAGGAUCAAUCUACAAAAAAAGUUCUGGCAAUGGGAAAUCUUCAAAGAAGAGUUCUGGAAGUCAAUAAAAAGAGGGUAAAGGUGGUGAAGCCUGGUUCUAAGAUUUCUGUUCCCACAACCAAGGUUCAGGGAACAUAUGCCCCUCCAUUCCAUGUGGAGCUAUUCCGAAAUGAUCAACACCGGCUGAGGAUUGUGGUGGACAGUGAGAGUGAAGUGGAUUUGCUGGUACAGACUCGGCACCUGCGUGAUAUUGUCGUCCUUGUCAUACGAGGUCUUGCACAGAGGUUUAACAGUACAUCACUCAAUUCCCUUCUCAAGAUUGAGACCUAGCAUCAUAUCAUAUGAUCUUUUUUUUUUUUGUACAUUAGUUGUUCAUUAGCUCCAUUAGUUUGGUGUUGGUAUUGAUUAUCAAUAUUUUGCUUCCAGUUUUCAGUUUUUGGUGAGGAAUUUGAGUUUCUUCUGAUCUGCCUUUUGUUUCUUUAUCCUUGUUCUUGUGUAGUUAGUUUGGUAUUGUCUCGUAAAUACAACAUACCCUUGUGCAUGAAAAUACAAAGAAAAAUUGAUUUGUGUA